AAUUAUGAUUAUGCGGUUCAGGGGAAUUUACGAAAAAGUACUCUUAAUAAAUCUUGACAAAACAUCAACCGAACAGGACGUGGUUCUACGCACUGCGAGUGAGUAAAGUUCACAUGGUGACACGAUUCUUGGUGAGACAGUCUGAUUCGAGUUUACCCAUUGAAGUGCUGGUCAGCAUGAAAUUGCGAAAUGAUCAAAAUUUCACUUCUGCUUCUGGUGCUCUCGUAUGAUUUUCGGUUGACCCUGAGCGAAGAACGAACAUCGCCUGCUGAGUCCAGAGUUUUGCAACGCGAAAAAAGGAUAGUGUACACCUACAACAGCGCCACAGGUAUUUUGUGUGCCCUGUCGAUUCCGUUAGUAAUCCCUGGGAGAAACAUUUUUGUUUCGUACAAUUUUGAAAUGAACUAUAACAUGCCAACGGACUCGACGGAUUACACCCAGGGUGCUCUGAAACGAGUUGAUACACCGGAAAUAUACACUCGAGCCCUGAACGAAAAAACUGUGCGGAGAAGGGCUGCAACAUUCACACGCAAAAAAGCCUACCGGUCAAUAGAGAUUCAACUGAACAAAAUGGGUCUCAAUGGUAAGCGAUGUGUUUUGCGGGCGAUUUGCGAAGCAUCGGACCGACCAAUGUACGAGCACAACGGCAUCCUGGGUGAUCUACUUCAAAUAUUGCUAACCCCAUCGCAUUCCGAAGACGAGAGUUUACCGCUGGAGUUCUACCGUGCGGAACAAUUGGGGUAUCAGCAUGACUGCAGCAAGUACCGUCGGCACUGUCCCAGAAGCAUACUCGACAUGAUAAGUGUUUUGUUCUAGGCUGGUAGGUGUUAACUACAGCGCAGAAAAUUUUUGUGCAAAAAUUUCUCUAAUGAAGCAAAGAAGAAACCACUUCCAAAUACAGGUAUACAGUA